AUAAUGAGGAACAAGUAGUUUGAAGAAGAAAAACAAUACGUUCCUUUGAUAGGAUAUGAGUUACUAACUUCUUAUGCCUGUUUAAAUUGUUUGCAAUUGGAGUCUUAUCUUACACGAAGAACCACAUUAAGGUUUAAGGGAAUGUUUUUAUAUUGAUGCCCCGCAAAGCUUCAAAGACAGAGAAGCCUCCACUGCUGUUCCUGGAGAGGUCUUUGUGUGGAGCCAGACUGCAAAAUGUGCCUGAAGUUCGAGCAGCACUCAACCCAAGAGAAUUCUUCACAGAGACAGCAACACAUGAUAACUCAGCAGCUCUCAAUUCUUGGGUAAGCCCACAAUUUGACAGCGCACUUGCUGCUCUGCCUCCGGUGAGACGUGGGAGAAGAAGAUGCCAAGCUGCAAGCGUCCUCGACAGCUCUACGCAACUUUCUAAGAAAAACAGUGUGUGCAAAUUUCCCGCGCUUGCAUUUCAGACAAGGACAAGAGACCAGUCUCGUCGAACGAAAGGCACACGCACAAAGAAAGCUACAGAGUGUGCUGCGGUGCCUGAUGUGGGAAAUCAACCACGGGGAUCAAGCCCCGUCAAAAGGACAGUUUCAAGUAGGCAGUGUGUAGAAACACCAAAGAGACAGUCGACCACGAUCAGAAGAAGAAAUGUGGAGAGAGCUUCUGAUGCUGCUGGGUCCUCAAACACAUGUUUGGAUAGGCCGGAAAUUCCAUCUGUUCAACCGACAGAGGGAUACAAAGUUCCAGCAGUUGGUGCUUCAAUACUUGCCUUAAAUGAGUUCAGCACGACUGAGGUCAGCAGCAUUAGUCUGCCGUCUAAUGUGGACACUCCAAAAGUAAUACAAGAAGGGAUCAGUUGUUCCUCCACAUCUUUACACGUACUACUGCCUCAGCCAUGUACUCCACCAUGUAGUCAGCCACCUGACACUUUGGUGGCCGACACACCAGAGAGGGAUUAUGGGGUGAAGGUGACAUGGAGGAGAAGGAGGGGCCUGAUGUUGCUGUUAAAAGAGAGAGGUCAUCUGUCUGAGUCGGAUGUGUUGAUUCACAGCUGAUUUGGAGAGAUGUGAGAGGAGACAGAGGUUAUUCAUUUGAUAACUUCGAUGACCAGAACUCUUUUCUAUACUGCUUUUUUAUUGCCCUCAAUGAUGCUGCUGCAUUUAACAUGAUGUCCGCCUUUUGAUUCACUGACUGUUUACUUCAUUUUACUUGCAUCAAGCCAUACAGGAAGAAAAAAAACUGCAAUAAAUACUUAACUA